UACAAAGACUCAUUCAUCCAAGAUGUAUCGGCUCUUGGGUGGUUUGAAGGACUAUUUCAAAGUCCAAGACAUUAAGACUGACAAUGCCGUCUUCAGAUUGCACAAUUUAUUCACCACAGCAAUUCUGUUGACAUGCAGUAUGAUCAUCACGGCGACCCAAUUCGUCGGCAACCCCAUCCAGUGCAUAGUCAACGGCAUACCAGUGCAUGUCGUCAAUACCUUUUGCUGGGUCACGUCCACGUUCACCAUGCCCGACGCGCAUAAAAGACAGGUCAAACACUUGAAUCAAAGUAUGAUAAAUUCUGGCCACAUACCUCAUCCUGGUAUUGGUCCAUCCCGCGAAGAUGAGGAAAUUAUUCGACAUGCGUAUUACCAGUGGGUGCCUUUCGUGCUGUUUCUGCAAGCCCUGAUGUUCUAUUUACCUCAUUACGUCUGGAAACAAGCAGAAGGAGGAAGAAUGAAAGCUUUUGUAAAUGCUUUACAAGUUGUCGCCUUAUCUGAAUAUGCCGAGGACGAUGUUCAACUCGGAAACAGAUCUAUUCCAUCCAAAAACAAAACCAAAGGUGUUAUGAUUUCAGCAAGAAAAAAUUUUUUAGCACGAGUUCAUCUGAUGAGACCUUGGAGUGUUUGGCUAGUAUGUUGCGAACUUGCAAAUGCAGUUAAUGUGGUUCUGCAAUUUUUGGUAACUGAUGUUUUCCUUAGCGGAACUUUUAGAAAUUUGGGAUCAAGAGUGGCAUCUCAAUCGAUGGAUGAAAUGGACUAUCUGGAUAUUGCUUUUCCGAAGGUCACAAAGUGCGACUUCUACAAAUUUGGUCCAUCCGGUAGCAUACAACGGCACGAUGCUCUCUGUGUGAUGGCUCUUAACAUCAUUAAUGAAAAAAUAUUCACAUUCUUAUGGUACUGGUAUAUAAUCCUAUCAAUAUGCACCAUUUUCGGCCUGAUCUACAGACUGAUGGCAUUCGUGAUGCACGCGCGUUCUUCCUGGUUCAACCGUUAUCUGUUCCAAUAUGCGGCGCCUUCGUCAAAAGAUUACUGGUCGAUGAUCGAACUAACGAAACAAAUGCAUUUCUCAGACUGGCUCUUCCUUUAUUACUUCGCCAAAAACGUAGAAUCAUUUGUCUUCCGGGAUUUCUUUUUGGAUUUGGCAAGAGAGAUGGACGAACGCAAAAAACCACAUGAACAUGAGGAGGAGUUGUUGCCACUUUGA